CACAUCACCUUGGAUUUGUUUCUUUUGAUGGCGGACUCGGACAAUGAAUCGGGCGGACAUAACACCGGCGAAGGUAACGAGCCGAGGGAAACGACGGCGCGUGAACAGGAAAGGUUUUUACCCAUUGCGAAUGUGAGCAGGAUCAUGAAGAAGGCUUUACCGGCAAACGCUAAGAUCUCCAAAGACGCCAAAGAGACGGUCCAGGAAUGCGUCUCCGAGUUCAUCAGUUUCGUCACCGGCGAAGCCUCCGACAAGUGUCAGCGUGAGAAGAGGAAGACGAUAAACGGCGACGAUUUGCUCUGGGCCAUGACGACGCUCGGUUUCGAAGAGUACGUGGAGCCCUUGAAGAUUUAUUUGCAGAAGUACAGGGAGAUGGAAGGUGAGAGGAGCUCUACGGGAAGGGGAGAUAACGACGGAGCCAAUGGGGGUUCAGCCGGUGGGGCAAGUGGAGGCAGCGGCGCUGAUUACGGAGGGAUUUCUGGUGGUGGCGGCGGCGGAGUGGGUCCGGGUGGUGUUGGUGGAGGGAUGAUGAUGAUGGGGCAUCAUCAAGGACACCCGUAUGGUUCUGGUGGCUUCCAUCAUCAAAUGACCGGGUAAAGGUGGUGCCCCCGCACCCGCCGUCGUGAGUUGUUGAGCUGUGGUCAGGUCUAGGUAGAUGGUUAACAGAUUGUAUUUCCAUAUUAUUUUAAAGCUGCCGUUGACGUUAUUUAAUGAAGCAAAUAUCAUUUGAUGUAUU